AUGGAAGGAAAUGCUACUACUUUCUUCUCCACUGUUAAUUUGGUGAAAACAAUCGUGGGAGCUGGAAUGCUGGCCAUUCCCUUCGCUUUCAGAAAUUUCGGGGUUUUAGUAGGUGUUAUUUUGACUCUGUUUGCAUCUGUAACAUCGGGCUUUGGGCUCUUCGUCCUCGCUAAAUGCUCUAAGACUUUAAAGGAUCCUAGAAGCUCGUCGUUCUUCACCUUGUGUUCCAUUACGUACCCUUCGCUUUCCCUGCUUUUCGAUUUCUCGAUGUUCAUUCAGUGUUAUGGAACAAACUUGAGCUAUUUGAUCUUAGUCGGAGACUUGUUUCCAGGAAUUGUAGGUGGCACCCGGGAGGGCUGGAUCUUAGGGAGCUCGGUGGUCAUUCUUCCGCUGGUUUUGGUCAAAAAACUAGAUAGUUUGAAGUAUUCCAGUAUACUGGGUCUCUUCGCCAUUGCCUAUAUGGUUGGUCUGGUUGCGGGAUCCUUCAUGGAAAAUGUGCUUCUUACUGACGGUUACAAAACAAUUAGGGGGGAGGUUUCAUGGAUUCGUGUUUACGAUCUAAAGGGCCUAAUAAGUACCUUCUCCAUUGUCAUUUUCGCUUACACGGGCUCCAUGAACAUCUUCAGCAUCGUUAACGAAUUGAGGGAUAACAGCAUGAAGAAUAUCAACAAGGUUAUCAUCACAACUAUGAGUACCUCCUCGGUUUUAUUUCUGAUUGUGGGACUUUGCGGAUACUUGACCUUUGGCAGCAAUGUUGUAGGAAACAUCAUGCUAAAUUAUGACCAAGACUCGACAUUCACCAAGGUAGGACAACUGUGCCUCGGUGUAAUGGUAACUUUGUCCUUCCCACUCUUGUUUCAUCCAUCCCGUGUCGCCGCAAACAACAUGAUCUACUGGAUAAUGUUGAAUUUUGGCAAGUGCGAAGAUCACAAUGCCCCCCAUCACGAGCACACUCACACUGCCACACCAAUAUCAAUGAACAUCGAAGAGGAAGAGGAUCGCUUGGUGCUGGGAAAUGACAAUGGUUAUUAUUCUACUACAAGUCAUGAUGCUGACGAAGAAUUGCAGCAGACCCGCUCUUUACAAGCAGCUGGAGCUGUGCCUUUCCCCGAUUUCCGCUUUUACCUCAUUACAACCAUUAUGAUAUUCUCACUCUAUCUUUUAGCAUUGAACGUCAAGUCUUUUGCUCUUGUCCUGGGUGUCGUUGGUGCAACUGGUUCAACGGCUAUCUCCUUCACAUUACCCGGGCUAUUCGGAUACAAACUAAUUGGAUCAGAAGCUGCUAGAAAUGGAAAGUUGAUGUCUAAGUCAGAUCAAUUCUUCAAAUUCUUCAGCUUGCUGCUAACGAUCUAUGGGAUUAUUGUCAUGUGUUUAUCUCUUUACGUCACCUUGAAGUUUGGCCCUUGA